GCACGGCGUAAGUCACGAUCGCCGCGUAACCCACUUCGCUUCACUCACUCGUGACCGACUGAACUCUACCGUCCGUUCGCAUCAUGGAGCCCCAAGGUACCAUCGUCUUCACCACCGUCGGAUUGCCCCACUACGGCUUCGACGUCUUCUCCGUCCCAGUCUCCCCCGACCUCGACGACCCCGCCGCCCAACUGACGGAGCGCCGCCACACCGACGGCACCUCUGUCAAUUUCAACGCCCAGUUCGUCGACGAGGGCGACUCCAUCGCCUUCGUCUCCGAGCGGACCGGCUCGGCCCGGCUCUUCCGGUCCAGUUCCCGCGACCGGGCGCCCGUCCCGCUCCCCGCCUUCUCCGACAGCCUGUUCCACGACCGCCCCACCGUCAGGAAUGGCCGGGUCUUCUUCGUCUCGGCCCACGAGCGGCCCGCCGAGCCGUUCAGGAGCUGGUGCGCGGUAUACUCUGCCCGGCUCGAUUCCGGUGAGACGGCACGGCUCACACCACCCGGCUUCGCCGACAUGAGCCCCGCGGUGUCCUGCUCCGGCGAGCUCGUCGCCGUCGCCUCCUACGGCUCCGCACCGUGGAAGGGCGAUUUCCACGAGCUUGCUACCGAGGUUGUCGUCUUCCGCGCCUCCGACCCCUCCCGCCGCUCCGUGAUCUGCAGCGGCGGUGGGUGGCCGGCGUGGGCCGGUGAAUCCACUUUGUUCUUCCACCGCAAGGCCAACGACGGGUGGUGGAGCAUAUUUAGGUCGGACCUCACCGCGGAGCUCGAGAACGCCGGAGGCCCCGACGCAGCCCGCAGAAUCACCCCGGCAGGGCUGCACGCAUUCACCCCCGCGGCGGCGCACGACGGCAAGCGGAUAGCGGUGGCCACGCGCAGAAAGGGCUCGAGUUAUCGGCAGAUCGAGAUCUUCGACCUCGAAUCCGAUAAGUUUCUCCCCGUAACCGAGCGGAUCAGUCCUUCUCUCCACCACUACAACCCCUUCUUCUCGCCGGACUCGGGCCACCUGGGGUACCACCGCUUCCGGGGGGAAUUCGCCCCAGGGGACUCCAUCGUGCCCCACCUCCAGCCAGUGCGCUCGCCGGUGAGCGGCCUUCGGAUGCAACGCCUCCACGGGACCUUCCCAUCUUUCUCCCCCGGCGGCCGCUUCAUAACCAUGAACGGCGACUUCCUCACCUCGCCGGGCCUGAUGGUGAUCCGGUCGGACGGCUUCAAGCGGUGGACGCUGCUGAAGGAGCCGUCGGCGUUCUAUACAGCGUGGAGCCCGACGGAGAAUGGGGUCAUCUUCACCUCCAUCGGCCCCAUCUUCGACUCCGCCAAGGCAACGGUCCAGAUCGCUCGGGUCACCUUCGAUCCCGCCGACCUGGACGGCAGCAGGGACGAGGAGGUGAAGACAGAGAUGAAGGUGCUAACCCGCGCCGACGCCGGCAACAACGCGUUCGCAGCGUGCUCCCCCGACGGGCGCUACCUCGUCUUCCGCUCGGGGCGGUCCGGCCACAAGAACCUCUACAUCGUGGACGCCGUCGAGGGGGAGACCAGCGGCGGCGGAGUGCGGAGGCUAACGGAGGGGGAGUGGAUCGACACGAUGCCGGUAUGGUCGCCGGACGGCGAGCUGAUUGCGUUCUCCUCGAACCGGCACGACCCAUCCAACCCGGACGUCUUCGGCAUCUACCUGGUGCGGCCGGACGGGACGGGGCUGCGGCGGGUGCACGUGGCAGGGCCGCCGGGGUCUGCGGAGGUGGGGAGGGAGAGGCUCAACCACGUGUGCUUCAGCCCGGACUCGCGGUGGCUCGUAUUCGCGGCCAACCUUGGCGCCGUCACGGCCGAGCCAGUCUCGUUGCCGAACCACUUCCAGCCCUACGGGGACCUGUACGCGUGCCGACUCGACGGGACGGGGCUCACGCGCCUCACCUACAACGGCUACGAGAACGGGACGCCAACGUGGCACUCGGGCAGCGAUGUUCCGUCGCUGGGGUCGCUUUCGCUGGGGCCCAACGUCGGGGAGAAGCUUCGCGGCCAGUUCGACGAGCCUUUGUGGAUAACUUGCGACGUAUGAGUCGUGGCGAUGUGACGUAUCAAUGAUGUCGAAAUAUGUGGGUGUUAUGAGUUCACGUAGCAACAUCAAUAAAAGAGUGUAUUACUUGAAUAAGGAAACUGAAUCUACGAAGAGAAAGUAUAUUAUAAUAAAAUUAAUAUUUAUUCAAACAUAAA